GUGUCAGUGACUUGCCGCCUCUGGUCACAUUGUUGCAAAAAUUGUGGCCCAGCCGGAAUAUUAACAAUUUUAAUCAUAAAAACUAGCCAAUUUAAGCAAAUAAAAUGACGAACGAGGACGUCGGAGUUAACAAUGUGGCGGAGCGGCUCCAAGUGGGUCCCCGCGAGGGUGUAACCUAUCCCAUCAAGAUGAAAUACUGCGGCCACUGCACAAUGCCCAUCGAGUACUGCGAGUACUACCCGGAGUACGAGAAGUGCAAGGAGUGGCUGGAGCGCAACAUGCCCGAUGACUUCGAGCGCCUGAAAAUCGAGGAGGAGUCCGCAUCCGCUGACGGCGCCGAUGAUGACAAGAAGCGCCAGAAGCGCGGCGGCAAGGGCCUGCUCCGCGUCAAGAAGAAGGAGGAUGUGCCCAAGAAAAUCUGCGUCUCCCGGGCUGCACGUGGCAAGAAGAAAUCCGUGACCGUUGUAACAGGACUGAGCACUUUCGACAUUGAUCUCAAAGUGGCAGCCAAAUUCUUUGGCACAAAGUUCGCCUGCGGAUCAUCAGUUACCGGCGAGGACGAGAUCGUCAUCCAGGGCGAUGUCAAGGAUGACCUCUUCGACGUUAUUCCCGACAAGUGGUCCGAAAUCGACGAGGACGUCAUCGAGGACUUGGGGGAUCAAAAGCGUUAACAACUUCUCUUAAAUAUAAUUUACUAUUGUUUAGCUUAUUUUGUACGCUACAUCAACAGGAAAAUAAAUUAAAAAAAAACGUUGAACGACUAAA